AUCGUCGUCGCCCGUCAAUUCACAACAACAACAUAUGCCUAUCGCAUUACUGAACUUCAUUUAGUAACCAUAUGCCUGUUAAACUGAAGAUAUUUUAACUGUUAAUAGCAUUAUAUUGUGCUUUUAAUAUUGACUAAACAUACAUAUUAGUAUAUACGAAACGUGCACAUUUUGUGCGCGAAAUUAUCAAAAUAUGUGUGCGAUCCGUCUUGUACCCUGAUUAGUAUCAGUGUGACGUUGUUGUCACAACAACUGUCUCUUGCCUGUCUCCUGCCUGCCUCCUGUCUGCUGAAGGCAGAUGCACGCUGGGCACGUGGUGUAGUCGUUGGAAGGAAACCACGCAAACUGCACUUGCCACAAAGAAGCCUAACUCCAAGACCUACUGUUGAAAUCUUAUCGUAGUGACAGACAGUAGUGACAGUGACAGACAGUAGUGACAGUGACAGUCAGUAGUGACGCGUCAUUCUUGUCAUAAAUAAACCAGAACCUCCUCACCAUUUAAGUAUUGUUAUUAAGUUUCAUAUAAGAGUAUUCAAGAAAAUGGUAACAACUGAUGAGGUCGUGGAAGAAAAGGAAGAGAAGAAAGCUCCUGUAUUUAAGAACCCCGAGUUUCAGCACACUGCCUUCCGUAGCAGCAAAAAGAGGGGAUGGAGAAAUCUCAAGCAGAUCAUUUCCUUAGAAAGGACAUACUCAUGGCCACACGACUGUGUACACUGUAAUUCUAAAAAAUAUUCUGAUGUUUCUGGAUUACCUGCUAACUACACCGACCCUCUAACUAAGCUGCGAUUUGCUGAUGCAUCUGAAUUCUACAGAGUUCGAGACCUUCCAAUGGACAUUGUCAAUGGUCUCUUAGAAUUAAGGAAAGCAAAUAGUAUUGUUGGUUAAAUUUACACUGGCAUAAGUUAUUUACACAUUGAAGACUGUGUAUAGUAACUAUAUUAAACAUUACUGUAUUC